UGGAUAGGUGCGUGUGGGGGAAGUAGGAAACCACAUUACAAAAGGCAACCUCCCUAGACCAGUUCUACUACAACAAGGGAAGCCAAUGGCUAGGAAGACCCAUGCAACAUGGUGCAUCCUCUUUCUCCUCUCCAUUGCAUCUCUUUCUAGUGCUUGCGACACAUGCAAGUUCCCACCCAAAGGUUUUCCAGCUAAUCCAUUUUGCCCCAGGGAUACACUGAAACUGGGUGUAUGUGCCGAUCUGCUAGGAGGCUCGGUGGCCACCGUGAUCGGGACCCCACCUCGUAGCAAGUGUUGCACGGUGCUAGAUGGGCUGGUCGAUCUCGAGGCUGCCGCCUGCCUUUGUACUGCCAUCAAGGCCAAUGUGCUCGGCGUGGUCAACCUCAACGUGCCGGUUGCACUCAGCUUGUUGGUUAGCGCGUGUGGGAAGAAGAUACCAGAUGGGUUCAAGUGUAUCUAGGAUGUCGAAUCUCAGCCUCUGAUCUCCCCUUCUUCUGUUAUGUCCAUCUCAAGAUCUUGUUUGUUUUUUUUUUUCUUUUUGGUGUGGUUAGAGUUGCAUGCGAAAGUGUUGAUGUUGUAAUUCCGUUUGCUUCAAGAAGGUAUGGUAGUUAUUGCUCGGAUGUUGUUCGAGGUUUGAUA